GCUACGGUAGUAUGUGUUAAUAUAUUCGUUAUUUAUUUUUAAUUCAUGAUGGUUAUGCAGUUGUAGCCUAACUUGUUGAGUGGUAACGGUGAAUCUCAAUAAUUUUAAGACUAUUUAUCUUAAAACUUAUUGAAGUAAUUCUUGAAAAAUGGCGUUGAGCGCCGCUGCCGAAGAUUAUUUCCGCACUAUGAAUCCGUUAGCAGCGAAAAUUCACGAAGACAUAAUUGAAGCGAAAAAUUUAUACGAAAACAUCUGGGAUUCACUCACGGAAAAGGAAAAAGUGGAACUUUUAAACGACACACUCAUAAAACCAGACAUCACAUUAAAAUAUUCUCUGCUGGAUACAUUCAAUUUUGAUUUGAAUGCUUUACCUGCAGAAAAAAAUGACUUGAUGUCAUUCUUUGGCCGCGAACAUGGUCAAAAGUUAAUACAGGAUGAGAACUCCUCGUACAGAGAUGAACAUUCAGCUCCAUUUCUAUACCAAACUAAGAGUCAGCUAGAUUUGUGCGUUUUAAGCUCUUAUAGAGUACCUAAGGAAAAGCCUACUUCACCUCCACCUGUGAUGUCUGAAUUGGAGUUAUCUCACUCUAAAGUUGUGUCAGAAUUGAAGAAUGCUCUCAAGUCCCAUGAGUUACGUUCUCACAAGGAAAGAGAGGUCACUUCACCGGGCUUCAUAAGUAAAUUCAUGGGAAACUUUAAGAGUAAAGAUGAAGACAGAGAGUGCUUAGUAUUGAGCAACCAGACACAGAUUGUUGCUUCUUCAGAUAACUUCUUCAAAACAAAUUUUAAGAGUGUGCAAAAUGAUAGCAGAGAUUAUAGGAAUAGUGUGGUGAAAUCUAGCAGUGAUCUGUCAGAGGAGAACAGGGGAUUGUUGUCGUCGUCGCAGGCGUCCUCCGGUACCGACUUCCAGUCGCAGGAGACACUCACCGAAUCAAUGUCCGCUUUGCCAAAGACCGGCUACGAUUUUCUUGAUAAUUGGUAAAUGAAUAUCUGCUUCUGUCAGCCCUUGUACGGACCGCCACAGUAACAAGAUCGAAAAUUAUGCUUACGUUAACCAAUUAAAAUGAACUGGAAAUGUUGAAAAGUAAUACACUGCUGGCUCCGAUCGGCCAUAUCUUAUUAUGGCUACACAAUGUAUUGGUAAUAUUCCUUGUGUCUCAAUGUGAAACUACUAAACUGAUAGUAAUAUUAAUUUAUUUAAUUAACCAUGGUUAUCGUUAUAUUAAAUACAUAUGAAGUGAGCCCCCAAUGUAUUGGUUGAUAGCGGCGGCUCGCGUUUCUGUGAGACCAUUGUCUCCGUGAGUCAGUCGAUUAACAGUGUUGGAAAAAAAAAAGAAUAAACUGAUUUUUUCGCGUAUUACCAGUUACUGGAGGCUAUAUUCACCUAUUAAAAUAUGAAAUAAAAAUUGUUAAUUGUAUUGAAGUCCCGAAUUGGUAAAAUAUGUUCAUGGUAAAAUUAAGUAAGAUGUUUUAGGUUGAUAACUAUACAGACAGACCAAUAAUACAACCUAUACAACUUGCAACAACUGAAAUAUGAAUAUGUAUUAUUAUUUUAUUGUAUUAGAAUAAUUAAUUUUUUUUGGUCAACGGAAGACUGAACUUAGAUUUUUUUAUUUUUCACUCUAAAAUAACCUGAUGAUUGUUUGUCAUCUAUUGUAAAUGUGUUAAGAUAUCUUCAUCUUUAUGUUAAUUGAAUGUGCUUAGCAAUAUCGGCUUACUCAUAUACUCCGAUAUCAAAAUGCAUUAAGCAAGUCUUGCUAUUGGAAAUAAUUCACAGGAGUACAUCAAAGGUUCUCAUAAUGAAUUUGAUUAUGUCUUUACAACAUAUGAAUAGGAUUAAACUAUUAGUCAUGAUCGAAAUUAUAUAUUUUAACUGUUAUUUAUCUCAACGCUUUAGAACAUACAAUCUGUUAAAAGAUAAAUGGAUCUGAUUAUAAUCUACGUUUAUAACUUUAAGAAAUGUAUCAGAAAUCUCAACUUACCAAUAGAUUAGUUGGAAUUUAAUUUUAAUUAUUUUUUAUACUAUAUUCCUAAGACUACACUAGUAUAUAAAAUUUUAAGAUCGACCCAACAAUGGGUCCCAUCCUGGACAAGUAUUAUUUUGUAUCCUGUCACUGACUCACUCAUAGUCAGUACUCUCUGCAGUAUUCAAUUCAGUAUUUUAACUCGAACAAACUGCAUUUAUUUAUAAUUUGUAUUUGUAUGUAGAAUUAUGUGAAUGCUGUCAAUACUCUUAAACGGCAAUUUUGAGAUUGAUUUUCUUUAGUUUCUUGAAUUGAGAAUGUGUUAAGGCUGCCUGUCCACCGUAGCGAAGAAACGGAGAAAUAACAUCAAUAAGAUUGCACAAAAUUAUUUCACAAUCUUAUGAUUUUGAAUUUUGUGCAAUUUUAUUGGUUAAUAUUUCUCCGUUUCACUCACUCACGUCAUUUUGCAAUCUUAUGAUUUUGAUUUUGUGCAAUCUUAUUGGUUAAUAUUUCGCCGUUUCUCCGCUACGCUGCCUCGCUCCGCUUCGGUGGAAAGGCAACUUUACCUUCUUAGACAAAUGCUACAGCAGGUACCAAAAAUGGUAUCUCUUUACCGCUAGGUGAGUGUUGUGUAAUGUUUGCCUGUUAUUUUAUAUCGGCUAUGUCCAAUGUGCGUCCUGCUCUAUGAGUAAAAUAAAUUCAAUGUGCGAUUAAAGAGAUUAUAUCGAGCUCUUGAACAUUGACGUCACUGUACAAAACCAUGCCUUAUUUGGUUUUCGAUGUUCGGCCCUAUCUGUGUUUAGUUUUAAGCUAUUGCAUAGCUUUUAUCGCGGGCUUUGAGUGCGGCGACUGAAUCAAGAAAUUCCGUAACGAAAAUAAAACUUAACACCCCCAUUCCGC